GGGCCACGGGGCGCCGGCGCCACCGCGGGCUGUUCCCCAGCCGCCGCCUCCCGGCCACCGGCGCUGCUUUCCGGGGCUCGGCGUCGCCGCUCGGUUCCCGAAGUUUGGGGAGACGCUGUGAGGAGACGCGAGUUCCUGUUACUAUGGCCAUGACGGCAGGGGCAGCAACUACCUUUCCUAUGAGCAACCAUACCCGGGAAAGAGUGACCGUGGCCAAGCUCACCCUGGAGAAUUUUUACAGCAAUCUAAUUUUGCAGCAUGAAGAGAGAGAAACCAGGCAGAAGAAGUUGGAAGUGGCCAUGGAAGAGGAAGGCUUGGCAGAUGAGGAGAAAAAGUUACGCCGAUCACAGCAUGCACGUAAAGAAACGGAGUUUUUACGGCUCAAGAGAACCAGACUUGGCCUGGAUGACUUUGAGUCUCUGAAGGUCAUAGGAAGAGGUGCUUUCGGAGAGGUGCGGCUGGUCCAGAAGAAGGACACCGGGCACAUCUAUGCCAUGAAGAUCCUGCGAAAAGCCGACAUGCUUGAAAAGGAGCAGGUGGCUCACAUUCGAGCAGAAAGGGACAUUUUGGUGGAAGCAGAUGGCGCCUGGGUGGUGAAGAUGUUCUACAGCUUUCAGGACAAGCGGAACCUCUAUCUGAUCAUGGAGUUUCUUCCUGGAGGCGACAUGAUGACGUUGCUGAUGAAGAAGGACACCUUGACAGAGGAGGAGACACAGUUCUAUAUCUCAGAGACUGUCCUGGCGAUCGACGCCAUCCACCAGCUGGGCUUCAUCCACCGGGACAUCAAGCCGGACAACCUUCUGCUGGAUGCCAAGGGACAUGUAAAAUUAUCUGACUUUGGUCUGUGCACGGGCUUAAAGAAAGCUCACAGGACUGAAUUCUACAGAAACCUCACACACAACCCACCAAGCGACUUCUCAUUUCAGAACAUGAACUCGAAGCGGAAAGCGGAGACAUGGAAGAAGAACAGGAGACAGCUGGCUUACUCCACCGUUGGAACGCCAGACUACAUUGCUCCGGAAGUCUUCAUGCAGACGGGUUACAACAAGCUCUGCGACUGGUGGUCCCUGGGGGUGAUCAUGUAUGAGAUGCUGAUCGGCUUUCCACCCUUCUGCUCUGAGACACCUCAGGAAACAUACAGAAAGGUUAUGAGCUGGAAGGAGACCCUGGCUUUUCCUCCAGAAGUGCCCGUGUCUGAGAAAGCCAAGGACUUGAUUCUCAGGUUCUGCACUGACUCUGAGAACAGAAUUGGGAACGGUGGUGUGGAAGAGAUCAAAGGCCAUCCCUUCUUUGAGGGCGUGGACUGGGGGCAUAUAAGGGAGAGGCCGGCAGCCAUCCCCAUAGAGAUCAGGAGCAUUGAUGACACCUCAAACUUUGAUGACUUCCCCGACUCUGACAUCCUGCAGCCAGUGCCGAAUGCUACGGAGCCCGACUACAAAUCCAAAGACUGGGUUUUCCUCAAUUACACCUACAAAAGGUUCGAAGGGCUGACUCAGCGAGGCUCCAUCCCCUCGUACAUGAAAGCAGGGAAGUUAUGACUGACGCUCACAGCCUCACAGCCAAGAGAACUCAGGUAGCUGCACCCCCAGGCUGCUCGCGUCAGCACCACACACCCCUGGACGGGCUGCUCACCAGCCGGAGGGCCUUCUGCAGCGUGGAGUCCUGAGGCUGCUGCAGGAUCGCUCGGCUGCUUCUCUUUUUUUUAAGGUUUUGUUAUUUGAAUUAACUAUCAUACAGAGAGAGGUACUGGAACAGAAGGAACGGACAUUCCUAAGUGCACGGCCCGCGUGCAUGUUGAGGUCCAUCUGCCCACGUGCUGCGCUUCCGACCGCAACACUAAUCCAGCCAGAGCUGCACAGCAUUGAGGGCGCCGAGGCAGCCGAGGCCACUCCUGGCGUCCCUGCUUCCCUGCAAAGCUCGUGGGUGUAGAGUCCGUCAAAGCCAUCCUCCGUAGCUACUGUUAAUAUCCGCUCCGUUGGUUUGGACGCUGCAGGCGCCACAUGAAGACAGUUUCUGUAACGGCUCGAAGGAGAGUGCGCUUCAGUGUGCAGCUUCCCGUCAGGCCCUGGGGAGGGGAGGGGAGCUCUGUCAGGGUGAGGCCAUGUCCCGCCUCACCCCAGCGUCCUCCAGGCUGACCUCGCUGAGAAGGAGACUGAAGUGCGCACAGGGAGGUUGUGGCUGUAACUGAGCAGCCGUCAGUGGCUUUUCGCGUGACACAAGGACUUUGUUUUUAACAAGAGGACAUAGCAUUAUUUUACUUGGAUGAGUUUCAGAAAUGACCAUGAAAGCUGCUUGUAGAACCUAGUGUAUUUUUAUUAAACUAUUUUUUUAAGUGUCAGUUUCUGAUGAUGUCGGUGGACACAUGGAGAACAGGGUGUGGCCUCUUCGGCAGACGCGCAUGUCAUUGCUGUGGCCCUCGGGUUCCUCUGAUAGCACUAGUGCCAGUGUUUCCCAGUGAACCAAAGAUCCUGAGCAAUGGCUGCCCGUGGAGGAGGCUCUUUCCGGGGUGCCACGCCCCGCAUGACCGGCCUAUGACAGAGGCCAGCCCUGGUCACGGUAACUCAUCACUGAAGGAAACGAAGUGGGUGCAGAUAGGAAAGGUCAGCAGCAUUUGGGCAUUUCCCUAGGAUUACAUCACCUUUUCUUGCUCAGCAUUUUGACUCUGAAACAAUUUUCUCAGAGGGUUAGUUUUGUGAGUUGUAGCUGCGAAGUCACUUCUCAGGGCAUGGAUGAUGUUUAUCAUCUGAGGUAAUGGAGUGAGGCUGUUUGGGGAGGACUGUCCUCCUGAGGGCACGGAACAGAGAGGUCACAGGCAUCAAGGCCCUCUCAUCAAGGCCAUCAGCCCCUGACGUGUUGUGGUGAGUCCUUGAAGGCCUGUUUUGUGGCUGAGGCUGGUGUGUACCCACCAUGCUGACCUGCCGGGCCAGCUGUGGUUUCACCCUAUGGCCAAGGAUUUGGAGAAAACCCUGAAGAUGGUGGAUCUGAUGACUCAUCGGCUGCCUUAAUUUCUGCAGGGCCUGUGAGCCUGUCCACCUCAUCUGCUUCCAGGGUACUUCAGCAGCAGGCCCUGGCUGAAGGAUCUUCACCAGUGUGCGGGUGACGGGGACCUUGCUGCAUUCUCUAGCUCAGGUGUGAUAACUACCCGGGGUGAUGGUAGGAUGACUUGUCGUGUCCAGGUAGCGGGGUUAGGUAGGCUGAGAGCAAUGUAAAGAACGGCCCAGCUUUCUCCCGGGGUGCGGGCACGGAGCUCUGUACUGCCUCCCUGCGGGAGCCGCCGGCUUCCUGGUGGUGGAGGGUGCUGGGAGGGUGGCUUUGCUGGCUGCCUCCCCCUCCCUUGGCAGGGAUCCCUCAUGAAAGCGUUUCUUAAGCUACUGUCUGAAGGCACCUAAAGACUGGGCCUGCCCCUUGGAAGCUAAAGAUAGGAGUUACGAUGCAAAUUAAGCAAAUAAUUCACAGAGAUUCCCUGAAACUUUUUUCCAUCAUUCAUUUUUCAUAUUUUAGGUGAAUAUAAUUUCAGUGAUAAAACCCUGUCUAAUUGACUGGGCAUGGUGACAUUUUCUCUAAUCUCUGUUUUGAAUUGAAUAAUCACAGUUUAUUAUAAUCUGUGAUUUGGCUCUUCCCAAGGUUAUAGAAAAUGUGUGUAAUUCAGAUGUAUUAGUUUCCGGAUUUAGUACAGAUUUUCUUUUCAUUAAAACUUUUGUGUUCAAGUAGUCAUUACCAGCAAACUCUGCGGGUGUGGGAGGCCCUGGGCUGAGUAAGGAGUGACCACGCAACCAGAGGUGGCCUGUCAGCCAGUUAGUGAAAAUGUCAGCCAUGGAUAUCAGAUAGAUUAUUUGGUUGUUAAGGCUUAAGGUAGGGUCCGCCUGUUCACGUCUUUUUAACACCUGCAUAACUGUACAAGCUGUAUAUUUUUAACUGUUUUGAAACCUGCUUAUUUUGGUGUUCAGUGUAGAAACCUGUAGACAGUCCUCAGUCAAUCCCAGCUGGCAGGAGUGACAGGCCUGGCUCCUGGUAGCCACAAGUCCUUACUGAGGGUCAGAAAGAAGGCUGCCUGGCUACCUGACAUGGUUAGUCUUUGAGUUGUGAAAAUUCAAAAGCGGCUGCUUUGCUAUGCUCAUGACUAUCUCUCAUUUCAUUCCAGAUUUAUUUUCUCUGUAGAAGUGCACUUAUUUCUGAAAACCUCAACGAAGCCAAUACUUAACCACGAGACACUUGGGACUAGUAGAGAUACGUUAGAUUUUUAUUAUAAAAUGUGAGCAGAUAAUGCUUUUAAAGGAAUAAAUAAAAGUAUAUUGUAGUUAUCUUUUUAAAGCAAUAUAAUCCAGCAGUUGUCCAGACCAUCCGAGGCCAGCGUUUCCAAGACUGUUGGGCAGCGAGCGCUUCAUUGAUGGCAUGACAAAAAUAAAGCCACGUUUACAAAA